AUGUCUAAAAUCAUUCCAGUUUUCUUUUUUGUUCUCAUGGUCUUUCUCAUGGGAGGCGUAGCCCAAGGAUUGAGCAUUAAGAUGUUCACUAUUCUUUCACCAAACUCUUCCAUCUUCCCCAAAAACCUCACCCUUUCUGAAAAACACCAAAAACUGACCGAAAUAUCCAAAGCUCGAGCCCUCGACCUUAUCAUGACCACCAACUCAUCAGAAACCUUAGUCCCAAACGCCAUAAGUUCACCUGUUAAACAUGCAUACAGUGAUUUCUAUUACACAGAGAUGUACAUUGGCACACCUCAUCAGAAAGCCAACUUGGCCUUGGACACUGGUAGCACUCUAACGUGGGUUCAAUGCGAAGGAUGCAAGUCGUGCUUCGAAUUGUCAAUGCCUAACUUCAACAUCAGGAGAUCAACCACGUCCCGGCCCAUGCCUGAUGAUCACCCACUUUGUGUUCCUCCAAACCUUGGUCCUGGUACUAAAGGCCAGAAUUGUGUUUAUGGGUUGUUCUACUAUGAUCGCAGUUCCACUUACGGCCCCUUUGGAUUUGAUACGUUCACAUUUUUAUCUAAGCAAGGGCAACUAGCUAUCCCUAAUGUGGCAUUUGGGUGGGGACUCUUCAAUAAGGUGAACUUCAAUGACUAUUUUCAUGGUCAUGAUAAUCCAAUAGGAGGGAUUUUGGGGUUAGGCAGGGGUCACCCCACUGGUAUUCUACAACAACUAAACCAAAUCACCCUUCAAAGAUUUUCGUAUUGCCUUCCAUCACAAUUUGAGGCCCAAUCAUUGCUACAUUUUGGUGAGGAUGCACAAAUUGGAGGUCCUAGUGUUCGUAGCACACCGAUUUUGGGCGGUCCAGAUGACUAUUAUUUCACGAAACUGGAUGCGAUAAGUUUGAAUGGACAACGUCUCCAAAUCGAUCCAAGUUUGUUCAUGGCAGGUGGAAAAGGAAUGGCAGUUGAUUCAGGAUUUCCAUAUAGCCAUAUCGUGGCAGAGGCAUUCAAGGUCUUGAAACAAGCUGUGGUGGAUUACUUCAAUAACAUGUAUGGAUGGCAACCCAUGACGCAGAAAAGCAAGACUGGUUUUGAUCUUUGCUACCAGAAUAUCCCUACUGUCUUUACUUCACCAUCAGUGACACUUCAUUUCGAAGGUGCUGACUUUGUGCUGCAUAAACCCACACUCUUCCAGGCCUUUGAACAUCACAAUGAGUUUUGCAUGACCAUAUUGUCAAUGGACCAGAGUGAUGGUCUAAACAUACUGGGCGCGGCUCAGCAGGUCAACUAUAGGUUCUUGUUCGAUGUCGCUGCGCUGAGGUUGUCGUUUUCUCCAGAGAAUUGUUGA